UCUCUGCCCUUCCCCACUUGAUGUCUCUCUCUCUCAAAAAUAAGUAAACAUUAAAAAAAAAAAGAAAUUCCAUUUCUACUCUAAGAUUCCUCAUUACAAUACUCUGAAGAUGUUAACUACUACUACUAAAUGUUUUAAUCUUAUAGAACCAAGUGGGUACGAGAGUGGGCUCUAGAGCUGGACUGCUGAUGUUCUAAUCCCAGCUCCUCAAUUAUUAUGUACAUGACCCAGGACAAGAGUCCUAUCUCCUCUCUCCCUCAAUUUUCUCAUCUGUCAAGUAGGCAUAAUAAUACUCCCUGCUAUUUUGAUGGCUGUUUAUAUGGGUUAAUAUUUGUAAAACUCUUAAAACUGUACCUAGUACAUUCUAAGUGUUAUACAAAAUCAGUAGGGAAUUUAGGGGAUUCGAUGAAUAUUUGGGAUUUUCUCUCUGCCCCUCCCCUGCUUGCACUCUCUCUCUCUCAAAAUAACUAAAUAAACCCCCCCCAAAAAAAUCAGGGAAUUUAGGGGAAAAAAAAACUAUACAAGAUACUUCACAUCUUUUUUCACUAAUGUAGAACAAAAUGAAGGAGAAAAAAAGCCAGCUCUGUGCCCCUGUUGGAAGCUCCCACUGGAACUAGAACCCCACAGUUGUAGCUCCAAAAGAGUUGUGUGUCCAUUCAUUCAAUAUUUUGAGAGCCUAGUAUGUGCUGUAACUGACCAGGAAUCAGACACACCCUCUGCCCUCAAAGGCCUUGCAGUGGGGUUAGAGAUCAGAACUCUAAUCUACUUUUUCACAGAUGAGAAAACUGAGGUCCAGAGAAGUUAUGCCUUGCUCAAGGUCACACAGCAAAAUAUCAUCAGAGGUGAGACCAGAGCGUUUCCCACAACUCAGUUCAGAACUCUUUUCCAAUUGACCACCCCACCCUUUUGAGGGUCACAUCUCAGCUACUAUUUGAGAUACUACCUAGUUUUCAUGACCCUCCCUUCUGUGCACCCACUGUCACCCUCGCUCCCAAACCUGGAGCCUAGGAUUUAGAAAAGAAAACGGUGAGCCCUGAAGAGAAAGUCACACACUGGGUAUUUUGAACCAUCCUCUGCAAGAAAAGGAAAGGUUACUCUGGUCUCCCAGCAUUAACUCUUCCUGUGCCGGAGAGGUUGAGGCCGUUUAAAAACAAAAAACCUGAGUGGUCUCACUCAGGACCGAAAGGGUAGAUCCCCGCCCCCUGGUAAAGCAGCGAAGACAGAUGGGGAGCCACCUGUCAGAGGACUGUGGGCGGGGGCCGGGACCGAGAGGGCCGCGGGACCAGAGGGUGAGCGCCGCUGAGCGCACGCUCAGAGCAGACAGUUCGCAGGAGGCAAGAGAUGAUGGUCUAAAACCCUGGGAGCUGACGGCCAGAGCGGGAGGAAAGGUAGUCACGGAAGGGAGGCAGAGCUACAGGAGGUGGGGGAUCCUGGAGGUGACAGCAAGGAGAGUACGCAACCGCGAGGGGCAGCUCCAGCGAGGACGCCGGGCGGUCGGGCGAGAGAAGGCAGGGCAGCGCCGCGGCGCUGCGGGCGGGCUCCGCCAGGGCGAGGGGUGCCAUGUCUCGAGAGCGGCCCCCCCGCACCGACAUCCCGCGCAACCUGAGCUUCAUAGCCGCGCUGACGGAGCGUGCCUACUACCGCAGCCAGCGGCCCAGCCUCGAGGAGGAGCCGGAGGUGGAGCCAGGCGAGGGCGGGACGCGCCUCGGGGCCCGGUCCCGAGCUCACGCUCCGAGUCGGGGUCGCCGGGCCCUCUCUGCGCCAGCCGGAGGCGGCGGAGUUCGGGUGCCUCGCAGCCGCAGCCCCGACACCCGCAAGAGAGUGCGUUUCGCCGACGCGCUUGGGCUGGAGCUGGCCGCGGUGCGCCGCUUCCGCCCCGGAGAGUUGCCCCGGGUGCCCCGCCACGUGCAAGUUCAGCUGCAGAGAGACGCCCUCCGCCACUUCGCGCCGUGCCAGCCUCGCGCCCGCGGCCUCCAGGAGGCGCGCGCCGCCCUAGAGCCGGCCAGCGAGCCCGGCUUCGCCGCCCGCUUGCAGGCGCAGCGCAUCUGCCUGGAACGCGCCGAGGCGGGCCCGCUGGGCGUGGCCGGGAGCGCGCGUGUGCUGGACCUUGCCUACGAGAAGCGCGUGAGUGUGCGCUGGAGCGCCGACGGCUGGCGGAGCCAACGCGAGGCCCCCGCCUCCUACGCCGGUCCGGCCCCGCCCCCGCCGCGCGCGGAUCGCUUCGCCUUCCGCCUUCCGGCGCCACCCAUUGGGGGCGCCCUGCUUUUCGCCUUGCGCUACCGCGUGACCGGCCACGAGUUCUGGGACAACAACGGCGGCCGUGACUAUGCUCUACGGGGGCCCGAGCACCCCGGGAGUGGCGGAGCCCCGGAGCCCCAGGGCUGGAUCCACUUUAUCUGAGACUCCUGCGGCCGACGGCGCAAAAAGCAAAGGCACCCAGGGGCCGGGGGAGCCCGAAGAUUUGGCUGGGAAGAACGAAAGAAACCGAAAUUGGCUGGGAGCUGUCCAAGAGAGUCAAAAGGGGUGGAGAACCCACUUCCUUUUCUCCAAGACCAUGGUUGAUCCACCUUCCUCCCUCAGGCUCCUUCUUGACAGUCUUCUAGAAAGGAGAAGAGGGAAAAGAUGCAGUUCGUGAUGCACAUGAACAACUGCUCCCAGGAAAUAAAUUUCUGAUGUCCGACAACCUUGAAA